GCAGGGGAUUAUAACGGGAAUACUGCCCGUGCUGCCUGUCCCCUCUGUGCCUUGCUCAGGACCAGCCCUUGGGAAUUUCAGGAUCAUUGCACUGAUAAAAUCAAGGCAAGCUGGUCAGGAAGCAAGUCUGCCUAUGUAGAACUUCCCUGCUCCACUGAAAAUGUCUGGCAAAACAGCCACCACGACCAACAACAUCGCCCAGGCCCGCAGGACCGUGCAGCAGCUCAGGAUAGAGGCCUCCAUCGAGAGGAUAAAGGUGUCCAAGGCCUCGGCAGACCUCAUGCUGUACUGUGAGGAGCACGCCAAGAAGGACCCUCUGCUGAUGGGAAUUCCAGCUUCUGAGAACCCUUUCAAGGACAAGAAAACCUGCAUUUUGUUAUAGGAGAGGGGCAGCUCCUCCUGGCCAGCCCCUGCAGCCCAGCGGGGCCGGGCCGAGCGCCGCCGCUCCUCCAGGUACCUGCACCCCGACCCUGUCCACACCAUUCCCUGAGCUUCCCAAGGCAUUCCUGCUCAUCCCUGUCUCUGUCAGGAGCUUUCUGACUCAAUCCCUGCCUUUCCUGGCCGAGGGAAUGGGCUCCAGGGCCUCUCUGCAUGGAGGGGUCCUGGUGGCGAUUUGCCAACUCCAUCACGACCAAAGUUGCCUGAGCUUUGCAGAAAAAGCAAAGUUGUAGAGAUGGAAUCACUGGGUUUACAUUUUUUAAAAUUAUGGAUAAUUUUUUUUUUGUUUUGGGGGGGUGUGGGGGGGUUGUGCCUGUGCUGGCAGCACCUGUUUGUGCCCAGGCAGGCUUAAAGUGCAUUUUCUAGCCAAAACUACCUUGCAAAUGGUUGUAGCAGCUGCUGGGGAGCUCCAGGGAGCUGUGCCUCAGCCUUCCUCCCGCUGGCCUCUCUUCCCAGGGCUUUGAAAGGAUGAGAGUUGGGAAUCAGAGGUGCUUUCCUUGCUUUCUAAGAGUUGAAAAAGCAGAAUUUCCACCUUGGAUUCUGUUGCAUUUUCUUCUUGAAUAAAAAAAACCUGUGUUAGUAUAAAACACGCCAUGGAAGAAAUGCCAGAACAGGAGGCUGGAAGUGCCCUGGCAGAGCUGGAGGAACGCUGCCCUCACUCCCAACCCCAGCUGGGUUCUGUGCAGGGAGGCAGAACUUGUUUUUAUAAAAAAAAAUAAUUCAUUUUUAAACAGGAAAAAUGCCAAAUUAUCUCCAGCUUGUGGUUAUGCAUUUAUAAUUGGAGGGCCUAUCCAUCUAGUAUAUAUUUUAUAUAUACACAUAAUAAAAAAGUCUUUCUGUGUG